AUGGACACCAGCAACCUCAGCUGCGAUCCACCAAAGUUGCAUGUUCUCGUCGUCGAUGACAACAACAUUGAUCGAAAACUCAUCCAGAAGCUUCUCGAGAUCUCUUCCUUCAAAGUUACUGUUGUGGAUAGUGGAAGCAAAGCUUUACAAUAUUUAGGUUUAGAUGAAGAGAAUACCUCAUCUCGAUUCGAUGAUUUGAAGGUGAAUCUGAUUAUCUCGGAUUACUCCAUGCCAGGAAUGACCGGAUUUGAACUGCUUAAGAAAAUCAAGAAUUCCUCAACCUCUAGAGAUAUACCGGUGGUGAUAAUGUCGUCUGAAAACAAUCUAACGCGUAUCAAUCAGUGUUUAGAAGAAGGAGCUGAGGAGUAUUUACUAAAACCUGUGAAGCUCUCAGAUGUUAACCGCUUGAAAGACUCUCUUCUUAAACAUGGAUCCCAACAUAUGGGCCAACAUGGCCCAACCCCAUGCUCACCUGAACAAGCCUAAACAAAACGGACUAUUAAAUUUGUAACUACCAAUAGUGCAACUAACUUUCCAAUGUUGACAAUAUAUAGUGUAACUGUAACAUAUUGGACGAGUUAAUCGCAACUAAUUCCAUCAAUUAGGCUUUUGAUUUUGUCAUAGAAGACUU